AUGAGGGACAGCAACCCAAAUGCUUUUGCAAGACAAGUACAUUUUGCUAAUGGCUUUCCUCCUAAAGGUCUUGUAAGAGACGUUUCACCAGGCACUAGGUCAUCUUAUCCUUCUCCAAAGGGGCAUUAUGUAAGCCUGGUAAGUAAAUAGCUAUUUACCCGUCGGUGCAAAUUGACAAUUAUAUCACUGUAAUUGGUACAGCAUAAAUACCUUGUGCUACCUUUUAGGAGCCUUUGAGUGUAUCCUUCCAAUAUGUUUAACAGGAACGAAUUAUUGCGCAAAUCAAUAGUCUGCUAUUAUUGAAGAUUGUUGGUGCUGUUGUUCUAGGAAUUUCUGGGUGGGGAUGUGCCGCUGGGACCCUUAACCUAUACCAGAGCUAGUUCAGCUGAAUUUUGCUACCCUAUACUAGAGUAAACUCCCCCAAUCCCCCCUAUCCUAGAGUAGCUGUUUUCCAGAAACUACUGAGGUCAUUAACACAGUCUAGCCAAAACAAAACCUUAUACCGCAAUCCCUAGUCUAGAUAAAAUCUUCAACCAACUGAUCAGUUUCCUGAAAAAUGAUACCCUAUUCUAGACCCAAACGCUCUGAUUUAUAUACCCUAUCCUAGAGUAAACUGCUUCAAAACCAUACUCUUAACAGUGGCACAUACCUAUAUAGCCCAUAUAUGGCAGUACCCCCCCCCAGGGUCCAACCAUCAAUGCCUGUGCCACACCUGCUCCCCCCAAGGCCUCCAAAGUACUUGAAAGAGCUAUGGCAAAUAAGACUUUCAGGUAAGAGGAGUGGCAUCCAUCUUGAUUGCAGCCUAAGGAUGGUGAUGGUGAUGAUUUUGUGGUGUUUAAUAGAUAAAUUCAGCGUCAGAUUACUGGUAUGUUGUACACGUAUCUCAAUACUCACUAAUAACAUUCUAUUGUUUUGUAGGAUGAGGUGUCACCCAGAAAGGGAAGGACACAUAGGGUAAUUCCACCCCUUGCUAAGGGGCGUGGUCAGUUUUGUAGUGUUAGAGACAGACCAGAGGAUGACAGAUAUGUGAGUUUAACAUUUGAUGCUGUGAUGUUUCAAAAAUACGUCCAUUACAAUAUUUUUUUAUUAUCUGUAGAAUGCACAGGUUGUGGAAAAUUCAAACUGCUGUUUCUAACAAUUUAA